AGCCGCCGCCGGGGCUGGUGUGGGGCGGCCGGGGGUCGGUGCUGGGGAGCGGGACCAGCGUGGAGCACCAGGGCUCACUCUCCACCACCUGGAUGGUGGUGGUGGCCUCCAGGGCCACGGCCCACACCACCAUCACCUGCUCCACCACCAACCACUCCAUCUCCUCCGGCCUCAUGAACACUGUCACCACCACCAUCACAGUCAACUUGCCGCCGCUGGAGGUGAGGCUGGAGGCCCCUGGGGAGUGGGUGAGCGGGGGCCAGCAGACCUCCUUCAGGUGUCGUGUGGUGGGAGCGUCCCCAGAGCCCCAGGUACAGUGGUGGCUGGCCGGCCGACAGCUCGCCGCCACCACGCCCCUCACGACGGUGGCGGGUAACGUGAGUGUGAGCACUGUGAAGCUCACCCCUGAGCCUGGGGACCACGGAGCGCCCCUCGUGUGCAAGGCCUUCAGUCCUAACCUGCCCGGCACUGUGCUCCACCACCAGCUCACCCUCGCUGUCCACU